UGGCGUGGAAGCACAGAUCUCUUUACUCUUCGUCCUCUUCGCCUGAAAAGGAGGAAACACGGAGAACGCGGUGUCUAACGCAAACAAAAACACCGAACCCUGUCCUGCCAGCCCCGCGCUUCCGCCGCGCCGCCGGCACUGCGCACGCCCGGCACGGCCACCGUGCCCGCAUGGAGGAGGAGGAGGAGGAGGAUGGAGGCCCGGGAGCCGCGGGGGCUCCGGAGCGGUCCGGGCGCUUCGUGCGCUGCCUCUACGUGGUGGGAUUCCUGGAUUUAUUUGGGGUGAGCAUGGUUGUUCCUUUAAUGAAUCUUCAUAUCAAAUCUCUAGGAGCAAGUCAUACAGUGGCCGGAAUAAUAGGAUCUCUCUAUGGUGUAAUGCAACUGUUUUCCAGCACAUUUGUGGGCUGCUGGAGUGAUAUAGUAGGAAGACAGUAUUCCUUGCUUGCUUGUAUUCUUCUCAGUGCACUGGGUUACUUCCUUCUUGGAACAUCCACCACUGUGUUGCUGUUUGCCAUUUCUAGAGUCCCUGUAGGUAUUUUCAAACACACACUCUCUAUCUCUAAAGCCCUGCUUUCUGACUUGGUUUCGGAGAGAGACCGCCCUUUGGUAAUGGGACGCUUCAAUGCAGCCUCUAGUGUGGGCUUCAUUCUGGGGCCUGUGGUUGGUGGCUACCUGGCAGAGUCGGAAGGUGGCUUUUAUCAAACAUCCUUCAUCUGUGCCUCUAUCUUCCUUCUGAAUGGUGGUCUUGUCUGGAUGUUACCUUGGAAUGAAAACACUGGCAACCGGGAACAUCAUCAAGGCAAAGGAACAAAUAGUCUCGCAGCAAAAGCAAAUCAUGACCCGCACUUCAAAUCAGCAGCUAAUAGAGCUGUGACAAACAAUAAUGUUUUCCAGUCUCCGUGGAUCCAAGUUGCAACAGUGUUGAAGAAGAUUAAAGAGAUUGCAUGCUCUAACUUGUGGGAUAUAUUUUUAGUGCGGUUUCUGAUGUCUGUGGCUAUACUGCUGUACUAUAGCAAUUUCACUCUGGCCUUGGAGGAGAGAUUUGGAGUGAAACCACUGUUCUCUGGAUACUUAACAAGCUAUAGCAGUGCACUUGGAGUCCUGGCUGGUUGUCUGCUCGGACCAAUAACAAGGCUCUAUCAGCAUAACACUUACAGAGUUCUGUUGCACUCCAGCACUUUCACCUGUAUGCUGAUUCUCCUGUAUGCAUCAGCAUUGAACAUAUGGAUGGUCAUUUUGUCUUCCACAUUCUUAGCCUUUUCAACUACUAUAGGUCGUACUUGUAUCAUUGAUCUUGAAUUGACCAUUGGUGGGAAUGAGGCCAGUGGCACACUUCUAGGUGUUGGACAGUCUGUGACAUCAGUGGGACGUAUAAUUGCCCCACUCCUUUCUGGAAUUGCGCAGGAGUUCAGUCCUUGUGGCCCUCCAAGUCUAGCUGUUGGACUAGCUUUAGUAGCUAUUCUGAUAAUGAAUGCAAACAAACAAAAAUACUGUAGUCAUGGAAAUGUGAAGUUAAAAAAUCAGUAAGCACAAUUUUGUAUUGCAUAGGUGUAUCUUCACCUGCCAGGCUUGUACAGUGGUUACAUGAUCUUUUAAGAGGGCACAUUGUGUUCAUGUGGAGGCAAGUAUUUCUGCUGCAGGGUGCUGAUCUACGGGGAAGCCGUACAACAGG